GGCUCUAACUCAGGAACAACGAGAUCAUGACCUAGGCCAAAGUCCACGCUUGACCGGCUGAGCCACCCAGGUGCCCCUUGAUUGCAGCACUGUUGACAUUCUGGACUGGAUGAUUUUUGUGAGGGCUGUCCUAUGUGUUGUAGGAUCUCCCACAUGGUGCCAGUAUAACCCCUCUCCAAGUGACAACCACAAAUGUCUCCAGACAUUGCCAAAUGUUCUCAGAUGAGAACCAUUGCUUAACUACCCACUCACGAGGCAGUGAUAUCCACAUCAGCCAGAAAGGCUGCAGACCCUGAACUCCUGCAGUCCUGAGGCUGCGGACAGAGGAGCUACUGAGCCAAGGCACCGGGACAGUUAGGGCUUUGGUGGCAUAGUGAGUGGGAGCUGCCAGGAAAGCAGCAUAUGGGGAUGUCCCAGGCCUCCAAGACUGGUAAGUGAAGGAGAUGAGUUGUUCUUACUCAUCUGUCCAUCCUCUCUGCUUGUCUGGCCUGGCUGUUGAGACCAGAGCACUUUGACUCAGUAACAGACUCCAGGGCCAGGCUCAGAUGGGCCAUGGUGAUUAGUGCAGGAGCCUUGGAACCAGGUGUUUGGGCAACACUGAAGGAGGGGGUUAAAGGGGAGAGGCCAAAGGUUCUGACUCUCUUUUUUAACCCAAGGAAAGAAAGUCAUAGUGAGAAAUUAGACUGAAUAAGCCCCUGAUUUGUGAAAUAGACUCUCCACACUCUUGCCUGUAGUGUCAGAGCAAAACAGUUAAGAGUGUGAGCUCUCAGGUGCCUGGCUGGCUCAGUUGGUAGAGUGUGUGACUCAAUCUCAGUGUUGUAGGUUCGAGUCCCACGUUGGAUGUAGAGAUUACUUAAUAAAAUCUUAAAAAGAGAGAGAGAGAGAGAGAAUGGGCUCUGGACCCAGGCUGUCUGUUUCAAAUCCUAGGCUCUGCCACUAAAUGUCUGUGUGACCUGAGGCAAGUUACUUGCCCUCUCUGUGCUUUAGUUUCCAUUGUCAAAAUGGGGAUGACAGCUAGCACCUACCUCUGAGGGUUGUUGGGAGAAUGAAAUGAAUGAUUAAGUGUUUAGAACAGUGCCUGGCACACACAUGCUGUGGAAGUAAGUGUUUGAUAAAUUAAUUUCUGACAAUCCUUCCAGGUAGGAAUUAUCCUCAUUUUGCAGAUCAAGUUGAAUGAGCUAGUAAGAGGCAGAGCUAGGAUUUGAACCCAAGCUGAUCUGACUGUCCAGACCUGUGUUUUUUCACGCGGCUUUAGGUAUGAGAUGGGAAGUGGGGUCAAGGCUGUGGCCUGGGUGGGGCAUGCUUUACAUCAUAAGACAGCUCUGGACAGUGCCCCCUCUGUCCUGUUGUAGAGACCUGAGCAAUGGCUGUAGCCUGGAAGUAGGUGGAUGGCCACCCCAGUGUCCCACUGUCUGAGCAGGUCUCAGCCUCCCCAGAUCCCAGCUCUUCUAGGGAAGAGGAGAGGACCCCCCUGCUCCCCAGAACCCGCCUCCAGGCAGGGCCACGCCAACAUAGGCGCCGGGCUCUCAGUGAGCCAGCAGCCCUGAGCCUGGACAAGGCGUCCAUGCCAAGGACCCUGGAGGACACUCCCUUGCUGCUGGAGCUGCAGAAGCUGCCAGGAUUGGCCAACACAGACUUGACUGCCCCAAACCCCAAUAUCCAGGUGACCAUCGAGGUGGUGGAGGAUCCCCAGGCCGAGGUGGAGAUGGACCUAUUGGCUGAGCCCAGCAGUCGCUGGCCCCAGGGUGCCUCUAGCUGGCUGUCCGCCAAGGAGCUCUUCUGGCCCCUAUUCUGGAGCUACCUGGAGGGCGAGGAGGGGAGGACCAAUCUCAAGGGCAGAGCCCCAGGGGAAGAAGAGGAGGAGGAAGAAGUGGAGGAGGAGGAUUACCCUGCAGAGUAUAGUGAGAGUGAGGACCAGGAGGACAACGAGGAGGAAGAGGAGGAGGAGGAGGAGCCUGGGUUCAGUGGGGCCACAGGCAGCUGGGAGCAGGGCUGGCUGGCCCCUGGGGACUGGGCCUUCAAGGAGCCAGACGGCUAUGACUAUGAGCUUCAAGAGGAGUGGAGCCCCUGGUCUCCCUGCAGUGGGAGCUGCGGCAGCGGCAGCCAGAGGAGGACUCGGCCCUGCGGCUACGCCUGCACUGCCACCGAGUCCCGUGCCUGCGACCUGCCCCUUUGUCCUGGCACCGAGGACAAGGACCCCUCGGGCUUCCCCGGUGAGGGGUGGCCGCCCCUGGCCCACAAUGCUACGGACAUGCUCAGCCCAGAUGUGGAUAGCUGUGAGAAGUGGCUGAACUGCAAGAGUGACUUCCUAGCCAAGUACCUGAGUCAGGUGCUGCAGGACCUGCCCAGCUGCCCAUGCGCGUACCCGCUGGAGGCCGUGUACAGCGCGGUGAGCCUGCAGGAUGAGCACCGGGGCCGAAGCUUCCAGUGGAGGGAUGCCAGCGGGCCUCGAGAGCACCUGGACGUGUACCAGCCCACGGCGCGCUUCUGCCUGCGCUCGCUGCUGUCCGUGGAGAGCAGCACCCUGGCCGCCCAGCACUGCUGCUACGAUGCGGGCAGCCGGCUGCUGACUCGGGGCAAGGGCGCCGGUGCGCCUGACCUCGUCAGCACCGACUUCUCGCCUGAGCUGCACUUCAAGGUGGACACGCUGCCCUGGAUCCUCUGUAAGGGGGACUGGAGCCGCUACCACGCUGUGCGGCCUCCCAACAAUGGCCGGGCCUGCGCCGACAACCCUCCCGAGGAGGAGUACCUGGCCCAGUUGCAGGAGGCCAAGCAGUACUAACCAGGGGGCUGCUGUUCUGGAGAAGAUUCCCCUGCACACCCCUCACCCUGCCUCUGCCCAGACCCCGUGAGGCCGGCCGGCCUGGUGCCGCGGGCCCUCUGCUUGUGAACCCAAGGCAGGUCAGCACCCCAGGUGUCGGUGUGGGGCUGGGGACAGGUCGAGGGGUGUACAGGGCCCAGGCUGAGGGAGGGAGCUCAGCCCCCAAGGUCUCUGGGUGAUGGGGGCGGGGGGAAGUGUGUGUCUGUGGGGGCUGCCCUCUCCUGCCCCCUAGGAGGUGCUGUCCCAGCCUGGCCACUCAUUUUCCUCCCUCUCCCUCUGAGCUGGGCUCUUCCACCCUGGCUGUGGGCACACGUCGUGAUUCCCAGGGCCUGUGGUGCCACAGCUGCUUUUGUCAGGCUGGCAGCCAGCCUAGCAGCCAGCCCUCUUUAUCUCUGGUUGGUUGCCGGAGGCCCUCUUGCCCCACCCCUGCUGGGAGCCACCACAGACCCACACCGGGGCCCUAACAGGUUCUCCUCAACUCCGAGCUGCUUUUCAGUGGACACUACUUUGGUUAAGGCUGAAGUCAACCCGUGGGGCCCAGCGUGGACAGACAGGCUGAGGUGGCCGAGACAGGGCCGGCUCCUGGCUGGGAAUGGGUCAACCAAUUCAGGUCCCUUUCUUUGUCCAGCAAUCUCUGCUCUGUCCAGGUUGUAGGGAUGUGCAGAACUGGAUGGCACUGCCCUGAAUGGACACAGCUGCCAGGUCUGGGUGGGCUCAGAACAGCUCAGGAGGAUGUGCACCAUGGUGAGCCGGUACACCAGUUCUCGGCUCGGGGUUGGCGGCAGGGAAGCCCAGAUUUGGACAGUUUCUGUGAUAUUUGUAAAGGCUCCCGCCAUGGCCCACUUGACGCUCCCGAGGUGAUGUCAUUGAACGCACUGAGCUCAGAGCUGGGAAGAGAUGCACAUAAUCGGCUCACCUAGCAAACCUGGUGCUUCUUCCCUGCCCUCCUCACCCCCAAAAUCUUACUUCCUUGCCUUGUGUGGGGUUGAAGGGCUGAAGUCCCCACCAUCCUGUUCACAAAAGCUCCAAAAGGUGGGAACUUCAGCUCCUAGACCGCCGCCCUGAAGCUCUUUGUGAUCCUCAGCAAUAAAGCACUUUAUUUUCAAA